AUGGGUGAAGCUUAUUUUACUUUAAAGCGUAAGUUGGAGGAUCUCGGUUAUAACAUCUCGCUACCAAUAGAUGCAGUUCCCUUAGUAGAAACUAUACUAGCAGAUCUCUUACAAACUACACGCAGCUUACAACAUUACAUGGAUUUAUCCAAAGAAGCUCUUAUGCAGCGAGAUUCUUUGAUGAUGGAGGCAGAGCCUUACAAAUGCGACAACGCUAAACUAAUACAAGAAAACAAUCAACUACAUAAAAAAGUUAUGAAACUAACUGAAGAUAAUCUUAAACUUUCUAAAGAAUCCAAAAGAAAAAUCAAAAGUUUAACUGAAGAGCUUAUGAAGAAAGAUGUAACUAUUAGUAAACUGCAGCAUGACAUACGAGACCUAAGUCUGAGAGGUUUGUGUACAGACACUUUUAGUAGCCGAAAUAAAAGUAAAAGAAAGGAUGGAGAGAGCACCAGCAUAAGUAAAGUGUGUAUGUGUAAUGAGAGAAAGAAUGCGUACAGUGAUAAAGAUGUAACAGAACUAACUAACAAGAUUCAUGCACUUGAAGAGAAGAAUGAUGCAUAUUGUGAUGAAAUAUUGGUCCUCAAAAACCAAGUUGAACAUAGAGAUGACGAAAUUAUUCGCCUUAACAUGCUGUUAGAAGGUGGUAGACCUCUAACAGCUAUCAGUAAAGAUUGUUGCAAUCUAAGCUCUAGUGAAAGAAUUCAGACUUUAUUGAAAGAUUUAAGGGAACUGGAAACUGCAAAUGAACUUUUAAAAAAAGAGGUUGAUAAUGGUUUAGAGAAACAGCAUGAAGCCAUGCUCAGAGCACUCAGUCUUGCAGACAAAAAUAAAAGUUUACAAGAUGAAUUACACAAGGUUGACACUUUGGCUUUAAAAGUUGAAGAGGACUGUAACAUAAGAUUGGCUUCAAUGACAAAAGAAGUAGAAUUUCUACAAAAGAGAGUGGAAGGUUUAGAAUUGAAAAAUUCAGGAUUAGAAAGAAAACUUCAGGAACAGCAAUUAAAAGACAAUACACCUAGAAUUAUUAAAUUACAAGAAGAAUUGACUGCAGCUUUAAAAGAAAAUGAUGCCUUACACAGUGAAGUCAAGGAUUUGGUAGAGCUUAACAAAAAUUUACAAGAUAAGAUUUUCAAAUUGCCCCAAUUAAGUAAACCAGCAGAUCAUGGUGAUGAAUAUGGAUAUAAUAAAGAUAAAAUGGACUGUCUCACUAAAACUGAUUUACAAAAGCUGCUAAGAGAAGAGAGAAAUAAAUAUGAGCUUCACAUGACAACUGUUCAAGAAAAGAUGAAUGAAAUUAUGAAUACUUUUAAUCACCACAUGUCGAAAUGCAAAGACAAGGCAAGUCCUAAAGUAAGUAGUUCCAAGGAAAAUGCAUUCAUAAGAGAUUUGCACACAAAACUAUGUGAAGGUGAACAAAAAAUAUUGAUGUUAAUGAAACAAAAUGAUGAACUGAAAAGGAAAACAAGCUAUCUAGAAGAAAACAGUAAGCAGAACUUUAAAGAUGUUAUCAGUCAGUUGAAUGUUGAAAAUGCUGAGCUAUCAAAAGAAAACAUUGAGUUAAGUAAACAGUUGAGUCAAUACAAAAAUUUAAACACAGUCAGACAUAGUGAUAGAGGUGAUUUUUAUAGAAAUGAUGCCCAAAAGCUCAAGGAUCAAGUUAAUGAAUUACUUAAUCAAAUACAAUUACUGAAGAAAGAUAAACAAGAAUAUAACUUAAGAUAUAAAGAAGCCUUAGAGUUGUCUGAGAAAUUAAAAAUGGAUUUAGUAUUUAAACAGAAAGAAAUUGAGCAUUUAGAAGCAGAAAACUGUUCAUACAAAAUGACAAGUAGGAAUGGAAUGGCUUCCACUGAACAUCUGAAAGAGGAAUGCAACUUUUUGAGAGAGCAACUAAAGAAAAUGCAAACAGAUGUUAUCAAAGAAAAAACACUUUCAAGUCAAAUUAAAAAUAUUCAGUUAGAAACUGAAAGGAGUGGCAAUGAGUUACAAAAUGAAUUAUUGAGUGUACAGAAGAAACUUAGUUUAUCUAAUGAUACUAUAGAAUCUUUGGAGAGAAAGUGCAAAGAAUUACAAUCUGAAAUCUCAUCUUUAAGAAACGACAAGUCUAAUCUACUAGAUAACAUUAAAAAGGUUGACAAAGAAUGUGACAAACUGGUGAUAGAGCUGGAUCAUAAGACAGAAAACACAUGUAUGCUUGAACAAAAGAUAAAAUCCCAGAAGUAUGAAAUAGAUAAAUUAGAAAAUGAAAUCUCGGACUUGAAGAGAAAGUUGAAUGUAAAUAAAGUAUCUGAACAUAAAUUAGCAGAUCAUGAAACGCAAAUAAAUUUCUUAAAUGGUGAAAUACAACGGCUCACAAAACAACUUGAUACUGCUAUUAUGGAAAAUAAACACCUGCAAAAUAGUUUGGCUGAUGCCAAUGGUGCAUUGAAGCUUAAUAAAAUAGAAUAUGAUAAAUCUCGUAAAGAAGUUGAUACCUUGAGACAACAGCUACAACAUUAUGUUGCUGAAAUCAGGCGUAUUGAAGAGCUAUUGUCACAAAAAGAGGCAGAGAGAGCAGACAUGCUAGAACAUUUUGCCAGUCUCUCUGUAGAAGCUAAUAUUUUGGAAAAUACAAAUCAUUCUCUAGAGAGUGAAUCAGCUUCAAAAACAGUACAGCUACAGACUUCUACAAGCAGGAUUCAAAACUUAGAAGCUAAAUUGAUGGACAAAGAAACUAUGGUAGAAGCUCAAGCCUCACGGAUAGCUGCAAUGCAGUGCAAAAUAAACUCUUUGGAAAAUGAAGUAAAACUUAUUUCAGAAGAGAAGACUAUUCUGGAACAAAAUGUUUCAUACUUGAAGCAGAUGUGUAGUAAUUUACAGUCAGAAAAUUCUAAUACCCUCAGAGGAAUUAAUGAAACUGAUUCUGAAAUGAAACUUUAUGAGACCAGAAUUAGAAGCCUUUCAAAUAAAAAGACUAAAUUAGAAGUCGAGAAUGAAGAAAUGAAACAGAACUUAGCAACUACAGAAAAGUUGUUAUCAAAUGCAAGAAAGGAGAUUGUAGAACUAAAGUUAGCAUUGCAAGAUGCAACUUCGGAAACUAAAUUAUUGCAAGAAAGUGUUAACAGAUUAACCAGGAGAGAUGAUGAACCUCAUGAGACUCCCAUGGCAAAGGACCAUGAAUAUGAGUUACCUCUCAUGCUGGAUGAGAUUCAUGAAGAGAGCCAUGAGGAUGAUGAAGAAAGCGCAAGAUAUCACAGGAGCCGUAAAUCUUUUGCAAAAUAUUCUCAUAGUAGCAGCACUUUAUAA